UUUUGGUUUCUGACAAGCCAAUGAACGAAUCAAUUGAUUCUUGUUAUUACAGUAAUUUCAUUAAUUUAUGAGUUCCACUGUAGUUUCAACAUUCAAAUUCAAGUUAAACAUGUUCCCUAAUAUUUUAUCCAAUGUACAAAACUGUCAAAUUCCUCCAGAAGUAUAAUAAUAAGUUAAAACCAUGGGUGUUCCUAGCUGGAUGGUUAGACGUUUUCCUAGAGGUGGCAGAGGCGUUGAUGAUGAAGUCAAAUUGGAUCCAAAGAAAGGCUUUGUAGAAAAUCUCAGAGAAGUUCUCAGCAAUGUAUGCAAAAGACAAGGCAUAUCUGAAGACAAGAGGAUUGCUUACUUGAAUUCAUUCAUCAGAUUACUCAACCCAAGCAAUAAUCCGGAGAUAGGUAUAUCAAGGGAUGACUUCUUUCAUUGUUUAAGGCCUUUACUAAUCCAUGAAUCGGUUCGAAUUCGGGCCACGGCUCUAAAUCUGGUCAAACAUUUUCUGCGCUCCAAGCAGGAUUUUGCAAGCUGUGUCAAAUUGCAGUAUCCCUUCCUGAUUGCGAGGAGUUUGGACCUGAAAGUGCAGAGCGACACCGAGCGAGUGCAGGCGAUCUGUGUGGCACGGCGCAUGCUCAGUGUGAACGCCACUGAGUUCCCGCUAGCUGUGGCAAGGGCAUUGGUGGCAGUCGCCACUAGCACCAUAGACGAGAAAGACCGCUUGCUACGUGCCUCUCUCGCCGCAUUGGUCGAAUUAUGUAUCCUAAACCCAGAAACGUUCAUAACGGCAGGCGGAGUGACGGCUCUAAUCCGCAACCUGGGAUCUAUAACAAUGGCUCGUAUGGCCGAAUCCAUGCUGGGUGCCCUUCUGUUUCUGCUCAACGACCCUGUGACUCGGUCAAGGGCUCACAUCGACCUGUCCUGUCUGGCUGUGCCCUACACUGAGGGGGGCAGUCAGGGAGGCACACGGCUAGAAUGGGCUCAUGUUGUGUUGGUAUCACUGUUGCGCUCGUGGCCGGGCAUGCUGCAUUUCUGUCACACACAGAGAGAGGGCCUGCGUUCGAUAGUGGCCACCCUGUACCUGAAUCAGCACGAGGUGCGGCGUAGUGUGGUAGACCUGUUGUACGAGGUGCUGAACGUUUGUCAGCCGGAGUGGAGUGACGAAGCACAGGUUGCGUUGGAUGCAGUGGAUCCAUCCCGACAUCAGGACGCCUACAGGCUGGCUGAUGGGUUUGUGGCCCAGGAAGGGAGAACAGUCUUGCCGCAUUGCUCCCGCACCAGAGUGAACCUUCAGGAAGUGCAUUUAUCACUGUUGCUGUAUUCGUUCCUAGAGGCUGGAAUUCUAGAUGCCAUAGUGGAAGUCAUUGUCUCAGAUGACUCCUUCCUAUCUGUCAGGGCCACCAUACUGCUUGGUGAACUCCUCCACCUGACCCAUCUGCUACUGCCGCCCGAAUGCUGUCACGUGACACCAGUGAUGCCAACUUUGGUGUCAUAUGCAGUACGCGGUCGACGAAGUGCUACCAGCUUGACGCAAACUAAUUUCGGCGCCAACCGCCAUCAGGCCGGCAGCAACAGUAGUGCUCACUACGAACGCUUCAGGCGUCAGAUGCAGCAGGACGAGCAGAGGAGGAUGAGGAGAAGGAGGGAAGCGGUAGGAGGAGGUGGUGUGGGAGGAGGAGUAGAGGGGAAACGGGAGAGGAGGAGAACGGUCAGCGGGCAGAGUUGUCGAUCUCGCACAGUGUCGGAUAGUUCGGGAGACAGAAGUAGAUUGGACAGAGACAGUGUUUCAGCCUCCAAUGAGCCAUACAGCGCUGGUCAAACUAAAACGACCUCGAAAGCCACUAGCCUACUACGUGAUAUACAGAAUGUGCUGAAAGACAACUCAGAACUGAAUAGCAGUGCAACAUCGCUGGAUGACAACAAUCACGGACAACAACAACUACAGGACACCGACAAAGUGGUGCCAGAAAUCGGAGGAGAUGGUACCAAAGUGGUACCAGAAAUUGUAGGCGAUUCUGCCAAAGUGUUAACAGAAAUUGUGGAAGACCGGGACGUCGACAAAGUAACACUGGAAAACCUCAACAGACAAUUCCGGGACUGCAUCAAAGUGGGCACCGACAGAGUGACACUGGAAAACCUUGACCGGCAAUUUCACGGUGACAAAGCGGGACAAAAUCGGUUUUUCGGUGCCAGAAAUUGGGAACCAGGUCAGCAGCCGUUGCCCGAGUUUUUCGAAAAAGGAGCACCGGCUUCCGAUGAAGAUUUAACGGCCCGUUACCCGGUUGACGAGCCGUUCUCGAUACGCGUGCAACAGCGCGCUUUAACGGCCGUUGCAACUUUGGCGCGGUUACAUCGGAUGCUCCGUAAACGACCGGCGCCUUCGUCGAUAUUCCUCGAUCAUCUGAUAACGUCGAUCGAUAAAAAACAGAGUCCCACCAGUAGUGAGUUAGCUAGAGCUAAGGGGAAGACAUUGAGCAAAAGUAAGCUGUCUCAACUUCUCAACAAGGAAUCAGAGGAGGCUAUUAAGGAUUCGGGUGUGUUAAUUGUGAAGGAUCCUUUCUCCUGGAACUGGGACGUCAUUAGAUCUAUCCUGAAAGGAAAACCCGAUUUUUCAAACGAAACAACUCACCGACAAUUCUUGAGAAAACUGUUACAGUUUUUCCUACCUAGUAGCCGACAGCUGAUGAGGAUUGAUGUAGGAAGUGAUAGGAGAAUCGCCAACAUAUACACCAUGACUGCCUUGGAUUUUCUGGAUUGUUUGGUUGUUUCCAGUGUGAAAGACUCUGAAUGUGAGAAGAUUUUGUUGGAGUUUUUUGGGAAUAUCUCCACAGAAAUCUGUCAGGUCAAAUCGGCUCCUCACAGUUGUCUACUUAGUCCACAAAACGUUAGUGGGACAUUAUGUUCGGACUACUUUUUGUAUGUAGGACAUUUGAGUAGAUCUGAAACUGGGCGUAGUGUUCUAGACAAAACCGGAGUUUUUAACCUGUUGUUAGAACUGAUAACCUGCAUAAACCUGGAUUGUUACGUGAAGUUGAUUGUGUCAACCUUGGAUUACACCGAACCGGGUUUCGCGAGGAAAAUCAUGGACACAGUGUUGAAAUCGGACGUUGUCGGUUUUAGAAUGUAUGCGACAAAAAUGUUGCAUGUCAUGUUGAGGACUCCGAUGCAAGCCUGUCAAUCAAUGAUUGAUUGGGUGAUUGUGGGAUUGAUUGAGAAAGUGAGUGACACUGAUCGAGCUAUCAGUAAUGUUUCCUUGGAAGCUUUAGAUGAGGCCUGUGACUGUGUGGAGUAUCUGAGAUCUGUGGUGAAGAUGUACCCCGUCCAUUUAGAAACCUUGAGUGAUUCAGGGUUGUUGGUGGGGGUGAGGCUGUUGUCAACCCCUGAGGGGUUCGUGAGGGGUUUGGGGGAUGGUUUCGUGAGGAGACAGCUGGAGUAUUGGGGUGAGGAGAUGAAUUUGAGGUAUGUGUGCGUGGUGGAGGGGAGGUUGUGUGAUUCGCUGACUCUGCAUGAACGGAAUGAGGACGGCACGUAUUGUGGGAGGGUGUCCGGAGUUAAGAGGAGUCCGGGAGAUGUUUUUGUGCCGGCGCAUCUGUAUGGUCAGUUGGUGCAACAUGAGGCCGGGUUCAAGAUGUUGAUUGAGGAUGAACACGUCAAGAGGAUGGUUGAGAUAGUCCACCAAUCCAACACUUGUACCGAGCGAGCGGUGCUUGAGCUGAAGGCAGCGUUGUGGGCAUUGGGUGCUGUGGCCUCGUGGCCUGUGGGUGUGAGAUGGGUGUGCGCCCAAGGCAUUACACAAGCUGUGCUGCGAUUGGUCACUGCCAGCUGUGGAGGGGUCUACUCUGUCAGGGCCACUGCCCUGUAUGCUCUCAGUAUGAUGGCCACUAGCGAGGACGGCGCAUGCGCAUUGAGGGAAGAAGGAGGUUGGCAUACUACCAGACAUAACCGACACGAGAGAUGGCCUGUCCUGGUCAAGUUGGAUCUGCUGGAAGAUGUGGUCGUCAAUGAUGAUGAGGAACAGGACACGAGUCAAGACAGCUCGAGCCUUGACCAAUCAGCUGAUCCCAACACUGGCACUCUAGGCAGGGGUCACUUCUACCUGCCGCUGGACAGCGACGAUCAGCUGAUGGCUGGAUCAGCUGAUUCCCAGCUGACUGCAGCUGAUGGCCAGCUGAUGCGACAGCGUAGGGCGGCCACUCUGCCAGCUAGAGGCACCAGUGAUAGACUGAUGCCUGGGUAUCAGCAUAUACGCAGCUAUAGUGAGAGCAAGGCUGAUGAGGAGUGUCCCAGUGCUGAUUCCAGAGCCAACUUGAGCAUAGAAGGUCUGCGUAAAAACCGACCCAGUAGCUGUGAUAUAAGCUCUGGUAGCUCCACUGAUUCCGUACAGCAGUAUGGCAAAUACAAUGUGGCAGAUCGUAUACAAACUCUGAGCCCUAUACCAAGUUCUGGCUCGCUGACUACUAUCAAAUACCCAGCGGUCACCAAUCCAAGAUCGCGCCGUACCAGCGUUACUAACAGUGUCUCGUCUCACAAGAGCGCCCGUCUAAGCCAACAGGACGCCCAGGGCUACGCCACUCUACGCUUCUUGCAUCGUGGUCGUCGACCGCUACUGAAUACCACCAAUCAGCUGACUACCUCCUUCAAUCAGCUGACGACCACUUUUAAUCAGCUGACUCCUCUGUCGCCCAUCGAACAGCUGGCUAGUGCCGAUCUGCGCCGUCAGAUAUCGCCACUGGUACGGCCCAGGAAUAUGGUGCAUCAGGUGGAAGCUUCUGAAUUCGAAGGCGGGGUAGGGGCUGAAGCCGUAUUGUGUGACGUCACAGCCGGGAAGAAUGUGCACAAUAUGAUGCCUUAUCAGAGCAGCCGCAGUUGUAUUGCUAGAGGAUCUGAUGCGUCAGGGGCUGAAGAGUCAUCAUGGAGUGGCCCCACCUAUUUGGGCAUUUGUUUGCCGCAUAAUCUGUGUGACCUGUUUCCCAGUGACGAUCUCAGGCAUGAUAAACCAAAGCCCUACAAUAGGACUGAUGUCGACACCAAUCAGGAUGCAGGUGCUGAUAACAGUUCGGCCGACUCGGAAACCGACACGGGAACUGACUCGGGUGGCGGAGGCGGCGUGGCUUUGCUGGCGGUGACAGCAGCCAAUAGCAACCGACAACGGCGCCGCCAUGACAGGCAGAACUGCUUACUGUGCACUUCCAAUCGGGCAGCCAAUCAGAGGGUGUCUCGCCUGAGGAAGAUUUCGUCUAGCUCCACACAUCGUACUAGGACUGAAACUGAAAGCAGUUACGGCGCUCCUAAUGAAGGCGAAAGCCCUAUUAUGCUACCCUGGCAAACUAGAGGAGGUCUGGAAGGUGUAAAUAGUGUUGAUAGCUCCAGUAGUGCUACGAGCAUAGUCCAUAGAUCGCCAAUGGACAAUAUGAGAAGCAGAUCUAUGGUGAGGCGUGAUAUACUGAAGAUGGCUUCUCAACUGGCGAAUCCUGUCCUGUAUAAAACCUGUAAACAGGCGCUACUGCAGUUGAAACAGUUGUACAACGAUUUGUUCCAAGAUAUCUGCGUGUACUCGGAUGUCUGUUCGAUUAUAGCCAAUAGCAUGCACCGGAUUCAAGCCAGGCGAUUUCUACAGGAAUUGUUCCUUGAUAUACCGUUCACUGAGCUGUAUGAAGACGCCAUCACUCUGCUAUCAACUAACGGGGAUAACGGCGGUCUAGACGAGUACCAGGACAAUCAGCUGACGUCAGCUGGCGGCGGAGGCGGGGAUCAGCUGAUGCAGAAUCAGCUGGCGUCGGCCCAAUCAGCAGCUGAUGGAGGAGGAGGGGGAGACAUCUGUGAUGCCAACAGCAGUAGCGGUUAUAGGGUGGUGGGGGGAAUGAAAGCCGGAGCCAAAUCUGCAUUCAACGACGAGCAGAGGAGUAAUCCACUGUUGGAGGUAAUUCCAGAACACGACGCCAGGAGUGAUGGUUCGUCUCGCGCCGACAGUUUGAGUCAAUCGAUGUUGAAUCUGAGUGACUUUUCGGCGCCCAACUCGUUCGAUGCCAACGAUGGAGUGGCUAGUCUGCUCAGCACAAGCCUAGAUACUACUGCUUACAAUGUGAAUAAUAAUUUAUGGGUUCUGAUGCAGGUAAUUCCAGAACACGACGCCAGGAGUGAUGGUUCGUCUCGCGCCGACAGUUUGAGUCAAUCGAUGUUGAAUCUGAGUGACUUUUCGGCGCCCAACUCGUUCGAUGCCAACGAUGGAGUGGCUAGUCUGCUCAGCACAAGCCUAGAUACUACUGCUUACAAUCAACCCACUACGACAUCACCACCACUAGUACUGCGUCCACGUCUACACUCGACCUCUUCCGCUGCCUCUUCGUCUCCAAUGGUGUUGCUUUCUCACUCCAACUCGUUGCCUUCCUACAAGAGUGGAUCGAGGCCUUCCUUCAAGACUGGAUUAAGGUCUUCCAGCCAAUCUCCAAGCGCCGAAAAGGCCAAACAAAUGAUUGAGAUGUCUUCUAGUAAGAUCAGUGUACUGCAAGAAGCUCUGAAGAAAACUGGUGAUUCGUCUUCGUCUUUGACGGCUGCAGCCAAUCAGAGAGCCGGGUUUGGGGUGGGCGUGGCAGAGGUGACCAAUGAGAAGAGAGGAGCUGGUAAGGUUGGGUUAGAGGUGUCCAAUGAGAGGAGAGGAGUUGAAGAUGUGUUUGAGGUGGCCAAUGAGAAGAAAGGAUUUAUGGAUAGUUCCAAAACGACCAAUGAGGAGAGAGAACCGGAUAAGGCUGGUUCAAAAUCGACUAUAGAAUGUAAAGGAGCGGAGGUUGGUGGUUCAGAAUUAUUGACCAAUGAGAAUAUAGGAGCAAAAAAUGCUAAUUUAGAGAAGACCAACGAAAUCAGAGGAUUAAUAGACGUUAGUUUAGAAGCAACCAAUGAGAAGAGAAGAUCAGAAAGUGCUGGUUUGGAAUCUACCAAUGAGGAAAGAAGAUUGGAAAGUUUUGGUUCAGAAGCAACCAAUGAGAAGGAAGGAUUGAAGGGUGUUGGUUUAGUUACGACCAAUGAGAAUGAAGCAUCAAAGAUUGUUAGUUUUGAAUCGACCAAUAAGAUGAGAGGAUUAGAUUGUAAAGUUUCAAAAGCAGAAAUUGAUAUUGAAAAUUCGAAAGUCGUUGAUAUGGAAAAAGUUUCAAAAGUUGUUGAUAUAGAGGAGAAUGGUAAGAAGAAAGUUUUAGAAACUGUUGAUGUAUUACAAGUUAAUCAAAAUAAAAUUUCUAAAGAUAAUGAUUUAGAAGGAAGCAGCACGAAAAAAGGUUUGGAUUUUGUUGAUUUAGAAGCUACUGAGAGGGAAAAAUUAGAAGUAGUAUCAGUUGAUCCAGAGAAAGUUUCCAAAAUUUUUGAAAGCAAAAGAGGCUUAGACACUGCGAUUUUAUUAGAAGAUACCAAAGAGUCUAAAGUUGUUGGUUUGAAAUCAGCUGUUAGGAAGGAAGAAUCUAAAAAUAAGGAUUUGAAAUCAGCCGAGCUGAAGGUAGGAUCUAAAGUUGAGGAGGAAAUUGAACCAAGUUUAUAUCUUGCAAAAGAUGAUCCAAGUUUGAAACUUACAAAGGUUGAUCCAAGUUCAAAUCUUACAAAGGUUGAUCCAAGUUUAAAUCUUACAAAGGUUGAUCCAUGUUUGAAACUUACAAAGGUUGAUCCAAGUUUAAAACUUACAAAGGUUGAUCAAAGUUUAAAUCUUACAAAGGUUGAUCCAAGUUUAAAACUCUCAACGGUUGAUCCAAGUUUAUCUAGUCUACUCAAACCAGACGAUUCGACCUUGUAUAGUUUGAAGUCUGAUGAAUUUCCAAAACUUGAUCUUAGUUUAUCUAAUCCAGAGUCCUAUCAAUCUAAACAAAGUCAAAAGGUUGAUCUAGGAUUAUCUAAACUAGGGUUAGAGGUUGAUUCAGUUGCAUCUGUUGUUAGUUAUGAAGAAACUGUCACUAAAACUCAAUUUAAGUGCUCUGAAAACUUGGUUUCCACUGGAGAAUCAUUUGUUGUCGAAUCUCAGAUUAAAUCUAGGAGUAAAACUGAUAUUGGUUCUGCUGUUAACUUUGGAAAUGUUGUCAGUGGCUCGAAUUUAGCACCAGGUUCAGAUCAAGAGUCCUCUAAAACUUUGAAAGAAAUUUCCUCGACUAAAAAUGUUGAUAAUCUACAGCGGUUGUCUUCAAUAGAGAAGGCAUCAUUGAAAUCUUUUUCCUCGCCGUCAAAAAGUGUUGGAGAAACUUCAAAACAACAGAAAUCUUUGACGAAAAAUGUGUCAAAAACUGGUGAAUCUUUGAAAGAUUUUGAGUCUGGUAGUGGUGUUUUGAAAAUUGAGGGCAGCUCUCCGAAACAAGAGUUGAAAUCUGAGAGUGUUGACUUGAGUCUUGGAACUUCUGACUUGAAAUUGAAGAGUGGUAACCUGAAAACUGAAGUUUCCACUUUGAAAAUUGAUAAUAGUUCUUUAGAGAGUGGAAGUUCUUCGAAAAUGGGGGGUUCUUCAUCAAACCUUGAUAGUUCACCUCUAAAAGCUGGGAAUAGUUCUUCAAAAUUGGAGGAUCCUUCUUCAAAACGUGACAGUUCACUUUUGAAAGUUGAUAAUAGUUCUUCAAAGAGUGAAAGUUCUUUGAAAUUGGAUGAUUCUUCUUCAAAACAUGACAGUUCACUUUUGAAAGAUAAGAAUAGUUCUUUAAAGAGUGAAAGUUCUUCGAAAUUGGAGGAUUCUUCUUCAAACCGUGACAGUUUACCAUUGAAAGCUGGGAAUAGUUCUUCAAAAUUGGAGGAUUCUUCAAAACGUGACAGUUCACCUUUGAAAGUUGGGAAUAGUUCUUUAAAGAGUGAAAGUUCUUUGAAAUUGGAUGAUUCUUCUUCAAAACGUGACAGUUCACCUUUGAAAGUUGGGACUAGUUAUUCAAAGAGUGAAAGUUCUUCGAAAUUGGAGGAUUCUUCUUCAAAACGUGAUAGUUCACCAUUGAAAGCUGGGAAUAGUUCUUCAAAAACUAAGAAGGCUUCUAAAAGUGAUGGUAGCUCUUUGAAAACUGACUCGAAAUCAGGAACUGGUUCUUCGAAAUUGAACUGUGGUUCUUCGAAAAUUGAGUGUAGUUCUGAAUCUGAUUCUAAACCCAUCUCUAAAUCAGAUAUUACUGCCUUAAAGCCUGAGUGUAUAGAUAAUAGUUCCUCAAAAGUGAAGAAAAGUUCCUCAAAGCUAGAAAGUGCUACCUCAAGACCUGAGUCGAAUACCUUGAAAUCUGUUAGUAGUUCCUUGCAAUCGGAAUCUAUUAGCUCGAAAUCUGUAAUUAGCUCCUUGAAAUCUGAAUCUAGUACCUCGUCGAAAACAGAUACCAGUUCCUCAAAGUUUGAAAUUAGCAACUCUAAAUUAGAAAUUUCCUCCUCAAAGCCAUCCAAAGAUUCUAAAACAAAUAUCCGAGGAAAACGUCUGAAAAGCCAACAAAACACAGGUCCUUCUUUGUUGUCUAAUUCUCUUCCUCCUUCAAAUUCUUCUUCGUCGAAAACGAAAUUAACUCCAAAACGCAACGAAGACGUCACUGGCUCAGGAAGUGUUCAUACAAAACCGGGUUUAGGCACGGAUAGCACAAAACCGGGUUUAGCUACCGAUAAUACAAAACCUGCAGGUUCAGGUAUAGAUAAUACAAAACCUGGUUUAGCUACCGAUAAUACAAAACCUACUGGUUCAGGUAUAGAUAAUACAAAACCUGGAUCAGCUACCGAUAAUACAAAACCUGCUGGUUCAGGUAUAGAUAAUACAAAACCUGAAUCAGCUACCGAUAAUACAAAACCUGCCGGUUCAGGCACGGAUAAUACAAAACCUGGUUUACCUACCGAUAAUACGAAGCCUGCUGGUUCAGGUAAGGAUAAUACAAAACCUGGAUCAGUCAGCGAUAGUACAAAACCUGGUUUAGUUGGCGAUAAUACAAAACCUAGUUCAGUCAGCGAUAAUACAAAACCUACAACAGUUGUAAAGAAUCAAAGGCAAAGAAAGAAGGCAACUGCUAAAGAACCAAUUAGAGAAUCACUGGAAGUCGUCAAAAAGUGACUGUAAAUAAAUAAUUAAAUGAAAGUUAAAAUUGAAGAAACCGUAAAAACCGUGACUGCAAAUAAAAUAUAUUUAGAUGAAAUAAACCGUAAAAACCUUGAAGAAUGAAGUGAGGUUUUAUAGGAGAAGUACAAAGCUUAAUAAAGGUACAAAGAUUGAAAGAAAAACUAAAAUUUUGAUGGUUUUGAAGGAAAUUACAAAGGUAAUGAUGGAUAUAAUUGAAAAAAUAAUGAUGAUAUUUAGUAAAAAAGAGAAUAUUGAUGAAUUUACUAGGAAAGUACAAUAAAAUACAACUAAAUUAACUUUUAGCUUUUAGUUUAGUGUAGUGGUUUAGUAGGAGUGAAAUUAAAAUAAAAAUAUUUGUAAAAUUAAUGUAUAACACUGUUUGUCUUGCUCACUUUAAUACCGUAAACUUUGAAAAUUACCGGAAAAAUUAGUUUUGAAAACUUUCUGUGUACUAUUUCAUAUUUUUAGUAAUAGGCUAGUAUUACUAUUCUAGCUACUAUAGUGAGGUC